AUGUUUGGACAAUCACUCGCUGUUCUGGCUCUUACAGCCGGCGUCGCUGACGCCUAUUUCAUUCUUUCACACCCCAUACUUGAGACCACUCGACUGGAUCCUCCUCACGUCCACUCUAUCGUAGGAGGGUCCAAUUUCGACAAGACCAUUGAUUACAACUCAACUUUGCUGAGUUCAUGUACUACCGCUCCAAUCUCUAUCGACAAAUCCAAUUACUGGACUCCACAGCUAUACUACUACAACCCAGAUGGCGCAACUUUCCAGAUGAUUCCAGCCGCUGGUGUCAACACUUACUAUCUUCCUCGAUAUGGUCCUGAAAACAAAGUAUAUGCUCCACCAAAGGGCUUGCGAAUGAUUAGCGGAAACCCUUACCGUCGAGACUUUGUCGAGGGAGAUCCAAAUAGCGAAGCAAUCAGCUUCGUCUGCUUGGAUUACUCCGGCAGUCAUCAGAAUGACCCGGAUUGGGCCCAGCGAAAUAGCUUCUUCACUCACAAUUGUCCAAACGGUAUGCGUGCGCAAGUCAACUUCCCCACAUGCUGGGAUGGAGUGAAUCUUGACUCAAACGAUCAUUCCAGUCACAUGGCAUGGCCUACGGGCGGAGCCAAUGGCGGUGGUAGCUGUCCUUCCUCACAUCCUGUCCAUAUCGUUCAGAUAUUCUACGAGUUCAUCUAUAACGUUCAGGAUUUUCCUUUCAACAAUGCAUCUGUUCCAACUUGGGUGUUCGCCAACGGUGAUACCACUGGCUACGGCAUGCAUGGAGACUUUGUCAUGGGCUGGGAGGACGAUGCUGAGGGCAAUUCAGUUCUCCAAGCAGCUAUCGACCAAUGCAAUCAAGACAACGGCGUUGGCGGCGAAUUGAACAAUUGCCCUCCUUUCGUCCCUUACCUUCAAAGUGGAGAUGGGUGCCGCGGUCAAAACGACUUUGUGAAUGAGGACAUCGGAUCCGGUCAUCCCAUCGCCAAAUUGCCCGGAGAUAAUCCAAUCUGGAUCGGCAAUGGCACUAAGCCAUCUUACGGCAACUACUCUGACGCCGGUAUCAGUUACACGGAUGGAAAGUCAACGAUCCCCGACGGAUACGUUCAUGUAGGCUGUAUUGCCGAAGGGAGCAGUGGACGAGCCCUGACCGGAUCCACUUGGGUCAGUAAAAACAUGACUCGAGGUACGUGUGUUGCGCAUUGUGAAGCUAGCGGAUUCCCAUUGGCGGGUAUCGAAUACGGUGAAGAAUGUUAUUGCGGCUACUUCAUGGUGAAUGGAGCAUCUAAUACAACAUUACUGGACGAAUCCAAAUGUGGCUCAGUUUGUGCUGCCAAUACCAAUGAGAAUUGUGGUGGGUCAAGCACACUGGAUUUAUUCAACAAUCCUUCGAUGUACCCUCAAACACCUCUUCCUGCCGGCUGGACAGAUAAUGGAUGCUUCACCGAUGCCACGUCUGGUCGAGCACUUUCAGCAUAUUCUUUUACCUCUUCUGCAAUGACGCCAGCGUUGUGCCUCACCGGAUGCCAAGCAAGAGGAUACGUGAUUGGGGGAAUAGAGUAUUCCUCUGAGUGUUAUUGUGGAAACAAAUUCAACGCUGGUUCCCUGUCCGCAGACCCCACUACUUGCAGUAUGGCGUGUUCUGGAGAUCCUGCUCAGCGGUGCGGUGGAAGCUCGCGGCUGUCUACUUUUACAUAUUCAAACUCGACCUCGAUAUAUCAGCGUAGGAAAUUGGCGAAAUGGCGUGUAUAG